UAUGACGCCAUUUUCUUUCUUUAGUGAUCCGUUUCCGUUGACAGAUCUUUUUAGCUAAAAUCUCUCAAAAUGAAGGCUAAAGGAGAGUUGAAAGAAUUUGAAGUCAUCGGGCGCAAGCUGCCCUCUGAGAAUGAGCCGAAGCCGCCCCUAUACAAGAUGAGGAUCUUUUCCCCAGACACCAUCGUCGCCAAGUCCCGGUUCUGGUACUUUUUAAGGCAAUUGAAGAAGUUCAAGAAGGCGACUGGAGAAAUUGUUUCCAUUAAGGAAAUCCCAGAAAAGAGUCCAAUUAAGAUCAAGAACUUUGGUAUCUGGCUGCGUUAUGAAUCCAGAUCUGGUGUCCACAACAUGUACAGAGAGUACCGUGACCUGAGCGUGGGAGGUGCUGUUACCCAGUGCUACCGAGACAUGGGCGCCCGUCACAGAGCACGCGCACAUUCCAUACAGAUCAUUAAAGUGGAAGUCAUCAAGGCUUCAGCGUGCCGCAGGCCACAGGUGAAACAGUUCCACAACAGUACCAUCAAGUUCCCUCUGCCCAAGCGUGUACACCACUACAAGCGACUCAACAAAUUCGCCUACAAGAGACCAAGCACAUACUUCUUGUAAUUUUAUUGAUAUAUAUAUUACAAUAAAAUCCGCAUAAAGUGGAAAAAAA